CCGACAGAUGAUGACGGCCGGUCUCUCUCCUCUCACGUUCAGUCAACAAUGUCGCCAGCCGUGACAGCGGCACUGGCCGUUCUAAGCCUCUGUCCACUCUUCGCCCAUUGUCUCGUCGAUAACGUCAACGUGAUCUGGUACGAGAAAGACAGCCGAGAACCGCAAUAUUACUACCGCUCCAACCAAGACGUUCCAGACGGUCUCAAGGCCACGACGAAGAUCAUCGUCAACCAGCGCAUCGCCAGACUUCAGCAGUACAGCUACGAAGGCUUCGACAACCUUACGGAGCUCCGCAUCGACUUCUGCAAAGUCAAGGAGAUCGAGCCUGGAGCAUUCGACCUCUUAAAACCCCUGGAAACUCUAACAUUAUGCGGCAACAACAUCGCCGAAAUCGACAAGGGAGUCUUCAACAACGUCCAAGUGCAACACCUGAACCUCUCCAAGAACUACAUAACCUACAUCCACCCACAAGCCUUCGACAACAUCACCUCCUUGCAAAACAUCGUCUUAGACUACAACCAGCUGAAGUGUUGGAGCUCUGCAUGGUUUCGCAAUACCCCUCUCCUCUUAAACCUCUCCUUUCGCCACAACCUCUUCGAGGAGCUCCCAGACAACGCCUUCACCAACUUCCGCACCGAGAUAAAGACCAACUCCUCCCAACUAUCUCUGGAUUUCGGCUACAACAGGAUCCAUCUGAUCCACCCUCGAGCCUUCAAGUGCGUGGACAAGCUGGACGUCUUGAAUCUGGAGUACAACAAGCUGUUGAUGUUGAAGGUGGAGACCUUUAGGAACGUGACGAGGAUUGGGCAUCUGAUCCUGAAGGGUAACCCGCUGACUUGCUUCCCCAAGGAGCUGCUGUUGGUCAUCUUGGCGAAGGUGCAGUAUCCGGCGAUCUAGAGGGCCGGGGUUUCAACGUGCAGACACUGCCAUCUGAAGUACAAAUUGAUCGUUCAUUGUGUUCAAAUAUGUAGAUGUUUAGUCGACCGAAAUAGAUGUGUAUGUUUGUGUUUUUUUUGUCCUCGAUUUGCCUCAAGGUGGUAAUCGAAGUAUUUAUUUAUUUGUUUAUUUUUGAUGUAGAAGUUAUAUUUGACGGUCAGAGUUUGAUGUGACGUCUGUGAGAAUAAAAUAUUAGUUGUA